AUGGCGUCCAAGUACGCGAAGCUGAUAGAGAUUCCUGCUAAUUUCCCUGACGUCCUGCGGGAUUUCACUCGUGAGGUACUACGGCAACAAGGCAAAGUGGAGACGAAAGAAGCCAUCUACGCUUUCGGGUCGCAAUAUUUCAAAGAUCUAAUUGCGAAGCAAAGCGGGACGAAUAAAACGAUUGACGAUACCACCGUGAAUACCUUAACACCGGCGUAUAUCAAAAUGGGGGAAGAUGCAAUCAAGGAGUUUCUAGUCGCUGCGUUCAUGGAAGCCCAGCAGCAGGAAGGAGGUAUGGUGGUCUACGAUCAAUUCAAGCAGAUAUUGGAUGGAGUUGGUGAGCAGCUACAGAUUUCUCCCACUGAAAUGAAAGCGCUUUAUGCUGAAGCAGAUGAGAACGAAGGAGGCUUUAUGAGCUGUGCAGAUUUCCUGCCUUUGGGCAUUCAAGCGUUGUUGCAGCUCCGGUCAACGCAUACACAACGACUGGCACGUAUCGCCUCUUUCAGCAAACGAGAGACAGAGUUUUUCCUCCACGGCAUGAUGCAGGAUGAGCUCGAGAGUAUUCUGCGCGAGACUUUCCAGCGUGCAGACAAGGACGAAGUUGGGGCAUUAACUCGACUGGCAUUUACGAAUGCACUUCGAGAUGCCGACCUUGGCCUCACACGCAGAGAAGUAAACAUUCUCAUGUCCGAAACACCAGCAGCAGAGGAUGACGCGAACAUCGUAGUGUACCCCGAUUUCGUUCCAAUUUGCUUCCCGUUACUAAAAGAUGCCUACGUUCAAGGCAUUUUAGAAGCACCCAGCAAACUAGACUGGAUUGCUCAAUAUCUCUCGGAAGUUUUCGCAAGUGGAGACAGCGAGAACACUGGCCUUCUCACGGUUGCAGAGAUCGGUCGCCUAUUCCGAGCCGCUGAUGUUGGACUCACCAGACUUCAGAUUAUUGCAGUGCUGGCUGAGGCCCAAGAAGACAACACAGGCUUCGUCAACUACGAAAAGUUUGCUGCUCAGAUCUCGGGGAUGGUGCUAGCGCUGAUCAAUGUCGACAGUCAACAAUCGUACGCUACAUUCCUGCAGAGAUAUCGCAAGACGAGCGAGUACUACACCGUGCUGGACCUGAACCAGCACACGUUCGAGCAAUCAUUUUCACGCGCGUUAGAAGCUGUCGACGAAAAUCAUCGUGGGAUUCUCGUCCGUGAUGAAGUUAUUGGAGCCAUUCGAACUGCCUUCCCCGAGAUCACAGACCGUCAAAUGCGCUCGCUACUAGCUUUGUCAGAACCGGACGAGAUGGGAGAACUCAACUAUAACCACAUCACUCAUUCCGCUUUCCAGGCUCUGCAAAAACUGCAGGAGUACGACACGAUGAUCGCUGAGUCGUAG